CCCUCGUUCUGUUGGUCAGACGCUGCCGAGAGCUCGCGGUUCACACACACGCAGACGAGGUUCCUCUGACCUAACGCUGAGCGACGUCUCAGAGAGGAGAGAAGGAGGAAGUCAGGGGGUUUGUGGUGGUGGAGCAGAAUGGAGGUGGAGAUGUUGAGCAGAAGAGGAUCCAAACCCAGCGUGGCUCCAUGUACCUUCACCAAAGUGGCUCUGAUCACACUGGUGUGUUUCUGUCUUGCUCUGCUGGUUGCUGUCAUUGCAGUCUCGCAGAAAUCGAGCAAAGAAGAGUUCUGUCUCACGACCGAGUGCAUCGAAGCAGCCGGCUCCAUUCUGAGUAAGCUGGACCCCAGCAUCAACCCAUGUGAUGAUUUCUACCAGUACGCGUGUGGAGGCUGGCUCAGAGAACACCCCAUUCCUGAAGAUUCCUCCAGCUACGGGAUCUACCCCUGGCUCCGGCAGAACGUAGACCUCAAAAUCAAAGAGCUGCUGGAACAGCCGACUGCUGACGGAGACAUUGAGGCAGUGAAGAAGGCCAAGAUAUUGUACCGUUCCUGUAUGAACGAGACUGCCAUCGAGCUGGUGGACUCCAAGCCGCUGCUGAAGGAGCUGAAGAAGCGCGAGUUCCGCUGGCCCGUCCUGGGUGAUGCUCUGGGUUCUGAUGUUCAGUGGGACGCCAGGAAGUUUGACCUUCUCCAGACGCUGGCUCAGAUCCGCACUCAGUACAGCAAAUCCGUCCUGCUGCGGCUCUACGUCUCACCUGACGACAAGAACUCCCAGGUGUUCAUCAUCAAGCUGGACCAGGCGUCCUUGGCUUUAUCCCGAGACGAUUACACCAUGAACAGUGCUGAGGCACAAACAAACCGAGAGGCUCUCCUGAAGCUCAUGGUGGGCGUGGCCGUCAUGCUGGGAGCCAAUGAGCAGGCGGCCGAGUCUCAGAUGAGAGCGGCCUUCGACUUUGAGAUGAAACUCGCUCAGAUCGUGAUUCCUUAUGAGAACCGCACCAGUGAGAACAUGUACAACAGAUACAGUCUGUCACAACUACAGCGCACCAUCCCUGAGUUUAACUGGCUGUCUUUCGUUCGAGCGGCGAUCGACUCUAAACUCUAUCCGGAUCUUUCCGUCUCGUCCUCGGAGAAGGUGAUCGUUCGAGCUCCUCAGUACCUGAAGGAUCUCUUCCGGCUGAUUAACGUGACAGAGAGCAGGACUGUGGCUAAUUAUGUGGUAUGGAGGUCUAUACUGUCCAGAGUCACCACGCUUAGCCGACGCUUCCUCUACAAAUAUCUCGACUUUGCUCGAGUGACGACCGGAGCGACGUCUCUGACCCCUCGCUGGGAUAAGUGUGUGAAUUAUGUGGAGAGCACCUUAAUGUACGCCACCGGACGCCUGUUUGUUGAUAAGCACUUUCAGGAAGAUAAGAAACAUAUGAUGGAGGAACUGAUUGAAGGCAUUCGCUGGGCUUUCAUCGACAUGCUGGAGAAAGAGAACGACUGGAUGGAUGCAGAAACCAAGGCGAAAGCCAUAGAGAAGGCGCACGCUGUCCUGCCCAAAGUGGGUUAUCCUGAGUUCAUCCUGAACAACACCUACAUCAACAAUGACAUCCAGCAGCUGCAGUUUUCUGAGAAGGAUUAUUUUGGGAACGUGAUGCAGACGCUGCGCUUCAUCGCGCAGUCAGACAUCGGCUGGCUCAGGACCACGGUUCCACGCACAGAGUGGUUCACGAGCCCCACGACUGUGAAUGCUUUCUACAGCUCAUCUACCAACCAGAUCAGAUUUCCAGCAGGAGAACUGCAGAAACCGUUCUUCUGGGGACUGAACUAUCCUCGAUCAUUAAGUUACGGAGCAAUCGGAGUGAUCGUUGGACACGAGCUCACGCAUGCUUUUGAUAACAAUGGUCGGAAAUAUGACAAAGAUGGGAAUCUGAAUCAGUGGUGGAGCAACGCCUCAGUGACCAACUUUAACGAUAAGACGCAGUGUAUCAUCAACCAGUACAACAACUACCACUGGAAGGAGGCGGGGCUUAAUGUGAAGGGGAAGAGAACGCUGGCGGAGAACAUCGCUGAUAAUGGAGGGAUCCGAGAAGCUUUCAGGGCAUACAGGAGGUGGGUGCAGAAGGAAAGGUCAGGGGUGGAGGAGCCGUUAUUACCAGGAGUGGGUCUGACCAACAAUCAGCUCUUCUUCCUCAGUUAUGCUCACGUUCGUUGUAACAGUUACAGACCCGAAGCAGCUCGAGAUCAGAUCCUCAGUGGUGCUCACAGUCCUCCUAAAUACAGGGUUAUCGGUGCUAUGAGUAACUUCCAGGAGUUCCGUAAGGCCUUUAAGUGCCCCGAGACAUCAAUCAUGAACAGAGGGGCGGAGUCAUGCCGGGUGUGGUAGCGCUGGAGAAAAUGGCAAGUUCUGAGUUCUUGAACAGGGCCAAACCUCGACCAAUGAACCACGCCACAGUGUUCUAAUCAGAACCAGGCCUCUGCAGACCACUGUAUCUUCACUUCUCCUCCACUGGAACCCAAGAACACUUUGAGUGUUGUGUUCUUCUCGUCAUCACCUCCGUCUGAUCUCUGCUGUACAACAAUCUGGAACAUUGAGUGUGUUUGAGGAACCCAAAUGUUCUGCAAAUGAGAUCCAUACUCCACACUUCUUUAGAUGUCACUCGGUUGGAACAUUUACAGGUUCUGUGUAGAACCUUACACCUGAGUGAAUCCUAUCAGAGAAAGUUCUAAGCAGAACCCUUUUGAGACAGGCAUGAAUCUUUAAGGAACUGUUUUAUAAAGGAAGACAUUGAUGUAGAGUUCUACCUUCCAGGGUUCCUUAUAUCUAUCUAAUCUUAUUUACCCAAAUUUAUUGUCUAGGGUUCUACACCAGGGUCUACACAGCCUGGUUAAUUGUUCCAGCAGAGGAACGAGUCAAAAAAUAUUUUAGACCUAGAUUUAUUUUUCCACUAAGCAUGCCAAUGUACACUUCUGAAAAAAGCUACAUUUAGAAUGUUUGAAGGUUCUCUGAGGGUUCCUCUGGGGAAUCCAUAAAGGUUCUAUGUAGAAUCCUACAGUAGAUAGUUUCCUUCUCAUUAAGAGUUCCAAGAAGAAAGCUAAAGAAAGCUAAGAACCAUUAAAAACACACUUUUUGCUAGUUACUUUGAUAGUGAAGAGUUCUUAGCCUCUGAAACGUUGUAGAAGUUCUACUUAGAACAACAUUUUGUUAAAGCGUUCUACAUAGAAUUUGUUUGCAGGGUUUCUUCCACCAAACUAGCCCAGUGAGUUAGCCAAUCAGGUGAGAGUUCACUACUUGGAUCUUUUCGCACACAACGUAGCUCUUUUCGUUGUGAUAUUUUCAAAUAAAAACAAAUAGUAGAACUUUUAAAUCAUACUGGCUAAUGCUAGCUUGCCAGUCAGAGCGAGUGAGACGUGAGCCAUUUUAAAUGACUUUAUAAUGAAGCGUAAAGGGUAAUAAUUUUUAAUCAUCUGGUACUUGACCUAGGGUCCAUUACAAGCUUGUAGCCUAGCGCUGUGACUAGCAUAUUAGCAUUAGCUUAGCUUAUUUGUUUAUUAGCUUAUUUAUUUUUUUCAAUUUUAUUCUUUAAAUUCUCUCAAUCCUGCUGUUCCGAGAGCAGCGUUAUUCCAGGAGGAAGCACUGUAUCUGAAUGUAAAAGAGAUAAAAAUAAUCAUCCUCAAAGGAAUUGUUUUCAGGAGUCGUAGCACUACAUUGGGGCUUCGUAAAACCUUCAUACGCGAAGUGUAAAGUGUGGAAACUCGUCUUAAUGAAUAGAGAAAAAGAGAAAGGAUUACGUCAUGGAGUGGAAUGGAUAUUUUAAUCUUUAUAUCAUGAGUGUGUUUUCAUGAACAGAGCAUUUGUAAGACUUUAUAAUGCUUUUAUGAGACAUUCAGGUCUUUUAUCGCCGGUUUAUUAAAAACAGACUUUAUAUUCCAAAAUCCAGCCAGACGUCGGUGAUGUCCGAGUUCGAGCCGUGUGAGUUUUAUUUCUGACCUCAAACUCAACGUAUGAUUUAUAACAGGCUUAUGAAGCGCUAUGUAUUCCUCAUACAGCUCUGAUUAUUCAUAAACAAAUAAACAAACAAAUAAAGAUAUUUAAAUGUCAUGGAAUGAUCCCAAAUCCCUAAAAUAAGCUGUUAAUAAUAAUAAUAAUAAUAAUAAUAAUAAUAAUAAUAAUAAUAAUACAUUUACAUUUAACAUAAAAGUCAAAUUUGCCAUUAAAAAAAAUUAAAGUUGAAUUAUUUUUUUUUCUUUUAAAAAUUAUUUUAAAAUAUACUGAUGAUGGAAGUAUUACAGAAUCUAAAUUUUUAUUUUUAUUUCCAUUUUUAUUUUAAUUUUAUUUUUUGUAUAUUGUGUUUUUAACUGUGGACAUUGUCUCCAGGUCAUUUGGUCUUAAAUGUUAUAAAUGUGUUAUUAAGUUCCUGUGUAGGUUUAAUAUGUAACAUUUUUGUGUGUGUGUUUUCUUUCCGCAAAAUGACCCAAACUAUGCAAUGUUGGAUGUUUUAGAUCAAUUUUAAAUGGUUUUGUUCACUGUGGUGAUUUUAUUAAAGUAAUAAAU